AUGCCGACUUCACAGAUUGAGGCCGAUCCAGCUAUCCCUGAUGCCAGGGAAGUUGUUGAUCUGGCAGAUUCUCAAUCGAAGAGUGUUGGCUUAAAGAAACACAAACAAAAGGCUUCAAAGAGCCGCUCAUUUCACAACCCUUGGAGAAAAAAAGGGAAGAGUAAAGUGAAAAUAGAUGCCGAUCCAGCUAUUCCUGAUGCCAUGGGUGGUGCGGAUCUGGCCAGUUUUGGUGGCAUCGCUGCAGCUAAUGCCAGGCUACAGAAGAUAGGUGCCAUUCCAGAGAAUAUUGGGUUAAAAGGUGGCGGAAAUCCCGACCCAAAUAAAGCUAAAAAUCCUGGGUCAAAAGAAGAUGGAAAUCCUGGGGCAAAAGCCCUUGAAAAUCCCAGAAAUCCCUUACCAGAAGAUGUUAAAGUUGUCAGGCCAAAAGUUAUAGAUGUUGUUCAACAAGCUUUUGAACCGCCAAGCGAGAAGAAACCAGCUGAUCCCUCAGUGCCUAAAGACACUUUUGAUUCUAAAUAUCAACUCUUGGAGGAUGAAAUGCUUGGGGAAGGUUUCCAUGGCAAAGUGUACAAAGGGAUCCGUAAAUCGGAUGGCACUCCGGUUGCCAUCAAGCUAAUAAGCAGACAAAUCAAUCAUAGCACUAUUCAGAUUCCUGGAUACCCCAAACCGCUCAUUACAGAAGUGGCGCUGCUGCUUAAGUUAAGAGAUGCCCCCUUAUGCACCAAUGUCAUACAGUUGUAUGACUGGUACGAGACUAAACACUUUUAUAUGCUCGUGUUGGAGUACCCACUGCACAGCGAAUCCUUGAUGCAAUUUGUUAAUCGUGAAGAAAAACUAAGUGAAAAUACAGCAAGACAUCUCAUGCGUCAGGCGGUACUGGCAGUGCAACACUGUCUGGAUAAUGGAGUUUUCCAUGGCGACAUCCAUACCGGAAACUUCUUGGUGCAGCAAUCAACAAUGAGCCUGAAGUUAAUUGACUUUGGGUCUGGAGUUUAUAUGACGCAUGAUGAUGGCUAUGAUUCCUAUGACUUUAGGGGAGCUUCAUGGUGCGCUGAGAUCGAAAAAAUUCAGGCCGUGCGAGAAAACGUCUGGGCCUUAGGUGAUGUGCUGUACUAUAUGGUGCAUGGAUCUUUCGUGAAAUCCAGGAAUCGGAGGAGAAAUCGUUUAUCAAAGGAAAUCUCCAAUCUGUUAAGAGGUUGCCGGGCCAAGAAUCCAAGUGAUCGUCCGACGCUCAAGAAGAUCUUAGAUCAUGACUGGUUUAAAAUUGAGUCUGACGAAGAAGAGCUACUCGUAUACAAAAUGAGGGCACUAUCCACACAAAAAUAAAAAGGAUGAAGCUGCAUGACUGAAGGAGAGGGGGAUGAUUGGAGAUGCUGUUGUCAUCAUCCUGAGACAUAUGGAGUUUGCUAAUCAUGUUUAUGGAUAAAUAAGUUUCUACAACCAGAAAGCGAGAAUAGCACAGUCAUUAAAAGGGCCACAAUUUCUCAGGAGUAACACAUUUUUGCACACUUUCUGCAUAAUGUUUUAUUUCAGCCUCAGACUUCAUGAUCACAGACCGCUGGCUGAACGUCUGAUGCAGAUCCUGUCUCAUCCUUGAACACAUUAAAAA